AUGUCUCACGUAACCAUAUUAACAGGUGCUUCUAGAGGAAUUGGUAAGGCAAUUGCUGAAAUCCUUUUAUCAACCAAUGAUAACACAAAAUUAAUUGCUGUUGCAAGAUCUGGUGAUAAUUUAAAAGAUAUUGAACAAAAGUUUGGUAGUGAUAGAGUUGGUAUCGUUGUUGGUGAUGUUACUGACCCUGAAACUACUAAGGCUGCUGUAAAGCUUGCAAUUAGCAAAUUUGGUCAAAUCAAUUCAGUCAUAGCCAAUGCUGGUGUUCUUGAUCCAGUUGGUCCAAUUGAAAAAACCGACUUAUCCAAGUGGAAGACAUUAUAUGAUGUGAAUUUCUUUGCCGUUGUUGAUAUCAUUCAACAAUCAUUGGCUGAAUUGAAGAAAACUAACGGUAAUAUCAUUGCUGUUUCAUCUGGAGCAGCAUUAAAGCCUUAUAAUGCCUGGUAUGCUUAUGGUUCUUCCAAAGCAGCUUUGAAUCAUUUGAUUGCAUCAGUGGCUGAAGAAGAAACUGAAGUUAAAGCUCUUUCAAUUGCUCCAGGUGUAGUCGAUACAGCCAUGCAACAGGAUAUUAGAGAAAAGUUUGGUAAAGAUAUGGAAGAAAAAGCAUUAUCAAGAUUCACAGAUUUACAUAAAAAUAAUGAAUUACUUAAACCAGAAACUCCAGCCACAGUAUACGUGAAUUUAGCAUUAAGAGGAUGGUCUGAUGAAGUUAAUGGUAAGUACUUAAGAUUUGACGAUAAGAGCUUAAUCUCCUACACUAAGUAA